UUGGACUCAAAAGACCGGUUUCUUCUCCUGGCGACACUGCCCUCCACCCACUUGUGGUACUUUACCGGCAAACGAGAGACAUUUCCCCUCCCUGGCUCAUUAGGUAUUCCGAUAUGUCGAGGACCCCGCGCUAUCGUUCGACAGUCGAACCCCGAGAGGGAAAGACUGCGAACGUCCAUUUUCUUGCAUCCGCAUUAACACCACCCCCUUCUAGAUUCUCCAGGCUCAACCUGCACCGAGACGACGAGACGAAGCAGCGAGGACCCGAACCGACACAUCUUUUCGCCCCACGCUGCAGACGACUUUAUACGACCAUCCCCUCUGUAGGGCAGUAACUUUGACUUGGCCCGACAACUCGAGACGACGUCGCUGCACACAACCAUGGCGGAAAAGCCCUCGGUCCUCAUCAUCGGAGGGCUCGGCUACAUUGGCCGGUUCCUCGCUCUCCACAUUCACGAGAAUGAUCUCGCGUCCGAGGUCAGGAUUGUUGACAAGGCUCUGCCUCAGUUGGCAUGGCUCGCCCCGGAGUUCGAGGAGGCCUGCGCAGGUUCCAAGUUUAUACAGGCCGACGCCAGUAGAGAACAAUCACUAUCGCGCAUCUUCGACCGGAGUGAUGGAAAGCAGUGGGAUUACGUCUUCAACUGCGGCGGCGAAACGCGGUACUCUCAGGAGGACGAGGUAUACAAACUGCGCUCGCUAGGACUAUCCGUGGCGGUGGCCAAGGAGGCGGCCAAGCGCAAGGUCAAGGCGUUCGUCGAGCUCAGCACGGGCAUGGUGUACAAGUCCGACUCGUCGCCCAGCAAGGAGGGUGAUAAGCUGAAACCGUGGAGCAAAAUCGCUGUCUACAAACUGCAGGCCGAAGAAGAACUGGCCAAGAUCGAAGGACUGAGUCUCAUCAUCGUGCGUCUCGCACACGUGUACGGCCCGUACGCGUCUCAAUGGGUAGCGACGGCGCUGUGCAUGGCCCGUGUCUACCAGUACCUAGAACAGGAGAUGAAGUGGUUAUGGACUAGGGAAUUGCGGACCAACACGGCGCACAUCCACGACGUGACGCGGGCGCUGUGGGCUGUGGCGCGGUGGUAUGACACCGAGGGUGGCAAGACGUCGUGGGACUCCAGCUUGGGAGCGCCGACAUUCAACGUGGUGGACAAGGGGACGACGACGCAGGGGACCAUGGCGGACAUCAUCGGGGAAUUGUUUAACAUCGACACGGGCUUCCAAGGACAGCUGAUCAGUACUUUCGCACGGCUUAGUCUGGACAGCGUGGUGGACGACGUCAAUGAUGAGUUGCUGGGUCCCUGGGCGGAGCUGUUGGAGAAGGCGGGAAUCUCGCGGCCCGGCCCGUUGACCCCCUUCUUGGAGAAGGAGCUGAUCAAAGAUACGGACCUGAGCAUGGAUGGGUCACGCCUGGAACAGGUGGUGGGGUUCCAGUAUGAGAAGCCGGCGAUGAGCAAGGAGUUGUUGGAAGAGGUCAUUGAGAGUUACAAGAAGAUGAACUGGUGGCCAUGACGAGAGGGAAGGGGUGAGGGGUGAGGGGUCAGGGGUGAGGAGAAUUGGUUCCUGACCACACCAGCCAAUCAGGAGGGGGGAGGGCUGGAGGAUCAGAACAACAGACGAUGACCAUGACG